AAGAAAAAGAAAAAAAAGCUGUUGCUAUACUCCAGACAAGAAAUAUGAAGGACCUGAAAUAAAGCACUGGCUGUAGAGAUGGAACAAAAAGGAAGAACUUGAGGAAUAAAUUAUGAAACAGUCAGACUUAGAUGUCUAGGGCUUGAGGGAGGGGUAUCUAAGUUUAUGGUUUGGGACCUGAAUACUGUUACUUAAGAUAGGAAAAAUGGAAGCAAUGUAUCUUGAGGGGUUGGUCCAGGAUGGCAUUGGGUGCUUGUUUGGGGACACACUGAGUUUCAGAUAGCAGAUAGAGAUGCGCAGUUGAUCGCUUACAGAUAAAGUCAAGCUGGGUGUGGGUCAGUAUGUAGGAGGUAGUUAACCCUAAGAAAGGAUGAGAUUGCCCAGGGAGAAUACGUAAAAGAGGGAAGGGAGGGCUCCUGAUAGGAGCAGAGAAAGAAGAGAGCUCCUUAGGAAUCUUAAGAAAAUCAAGGAAAUAGAAGUUUUAAGAAGAGUGUAGAAACUAUGACAAAUCCCGCAGGAAGUUCAAGUAGGAUAAGUUGUCUAGCUCCCUUUGAUUAUGAGCGUUAGAGGCCUCUGUGGAGACUUUGGGCGGGGUGUGGGGAAGCUUUGUGAAUACAGUAUAUUGAUAUACUGCAGGUAUCAAGUCCCUUUAGUGUGGAUUAAUAGAGACUGUAGCAUAUUAAUUUUGUGUUGGUUAGCUAGAGAGUUAUGAUUAAAAGCAAAAGAGCUUUUAUUUAAUUGGAAAUUAAGAUCGUUACACUUCAUUCCCUUGGUGCCAUUAACUUCAAAAGCAUGUUCAGUUGUACAAAGACCUUGUCAAAGUUUACUUUAGUUCUCCAUGAAAUUUUGCCGACUGGCACACACACAAAAAAAUAGUGGCACUGAGGCUGUCAUAGGGGUUCAGGCUUCCAGCUUUGUGAAACCUGUCUUAAAGCCAGUUUCACAGUGAGUCUGUCACCGUGCUGAUACCCUUCAGGAUAAAUGCAAAAUCUUAGCAGUAGGGAAAGAUUAUGUUGCUUGUUUCCUUUUUUAAAAAGAUUGCUUUUUUAGAUUUCUGUCUAAAAAUCGUUUUCCCUUUCUUGAGCUCCUUUGAUCCCAAAUUGCAGGUGAGAUAAUGGGUGUAGAAUUGCCAUGAAAAAGUUAACCAUCAGUUGCACUAUGAUGCGUUGCUGCUGCCACCACCAUAUGACUGUCAGUAGCUCUGUAGGGCUGCGGUAUUGACAGCUAUGACCCUCCAGGCCCUCUUCUACAGCAAAAAGAGACAUUUUGGCAGGAGGGGAACAGCCCUCUGCCCUUCCUGCCAUCGUCUCUGCAGGAAUCUUAUAAUUUGUGUUUAUUUUCCUGUAAGUACAGAACUGUGAGAACUUGUUUCAUUUGAAAAACCCUCACACAGCAGAUUGUACUGCCCACGUAGGGACAAAGGAAUGAUUCAACCUUUUAAGGAUGCUUUUCCUUUAGUUGCUAACCUCUGACCGGACUACCAUGUAGUCUGAGAAUUGAAAUUUACCCAUUUUUCAUAAGACAGUUGAAAAUUUGAUUGCCAGAAGGGGCUGGUGAGAAUGCUUCUGUCUUCCCAGAGCAGCACGUAGCCCACACUGGCUGCUGCUUGGUUGCCUGUUGAGUCAUUCCCACACUUCUAUAUCGAGCUUUGCUGGCUUUUCUUUUAAACAUGAUGUUCUUGGAGUGAGAAAGAAAGGAAGUUUUUCUCUCCUCCAUAACAUCUCCUCCACUCCAAGUCUGCAUUGCUUUCUUUCUUCUAAUAACAGAAUAUUGCCCUCAGUCCUUCUGGGACUGUUUUCUCUCCUAAGGUCUUAGUGGUGCUCAUUUAUCAUCGGUUUGACUCUGUAAGCGUUAUGGCAUUCGCUGGGCUGAGUUGCAGCAGCAGGCUUUCCAGAUACAGGCUGCCGCUUCACCAGAAAGAUGAAGGAAUUCUAGCUAACAUACCAAACAUGGAUUUCUAGUUUCCAGCUGUUUAAAAGUCCGUCAGAUAUGCUAAAGGGCAUCUUAAUGUGCUUAUAAUGACGGUCAGUGAGUGAAAAGGACUGUGAAGGGAAUGAGUGAGGCUUUCAGUUUGGAUAAAUGAAAUUGCUCUGGUUUGAAAGGAUUUUAGUUUGUUUUUGUCUUUUGUAGUGGAAGGUAAAAUGCCUGUAUUCGUUCUUGUUCAGAAGAGCCUGCUCUGUGCUAGUGGAAAAAGAACUGAAGUAUAAGGGAAAUCCUUAUAUAUUUGAACUGUCAUCUUAUGUGUUCCGUACGUCUAGCAAGAUCACAACCCAUUUUAGAAAAGUCAAAUAACAUCAGUAAAACUGUCUAUUGACAGAUCACAUGUCUCACAUAGGAACAAAUUAAGGGGCUCGUUUAGGGGAUUGGCAGAUCUGAAAGACAGAUUACAGCUCCGGAAUGUAUUCAGAUGACUUUUUGAAACAGAUAUUUUAAUUGGAGUGGGGGUGGAGAAAUACUUGUGCUUCUGUAGUUAAAUAUUCAGCUUCCUUAGUCUGUUAUCCAUAAAUACCACAGAUGAAAAGCCCUUAGAACUCUUUUUCAGAAAACUAACUCACCAUACACAACCCUCUGUAUGCAUGUGUUUGUAUGUACCUAAUUCCCAUCCCCACCGAAGUAAUGGGUCAGUAAUUGGGCUGUUUGUUUCAAAGGAUUGAGUUGUUUGAAUUGUGUUUUAAUCUGUUGCUCUAAACUGCAUUAGCAGCCAAGUCCCUUAUACUAAAAGUUUUGAACAAACCUUACCUUCUCCUCCUGAAAAGGGUUGGGGGUGGGGGGAAGCAUUUGAUCUGUGUUCUGAAGGUCUCUUUCUGUAUGUCUCUCCCCUCCCCCCAGAGACGAACAGCAAGGGGAGGAGCUCACUCACUGUUCUAACCACACUUCAUAUGUCUUAACUUGAGCGCCUUUUGGUUUCCUGUCGGCAGUAAUUCAACUCUGUGCCAUCUUGACUUGCCUGAAGGGUGGAUAAAUUGGUAACUGUACUGAGAAGGGGAGUGAGUUCUCACAGUCUGAUUUGAGCAUAAGGCACGAGACUGAAUUUAUGAAAGCUUCAGUUGACUCUGAAGACAACAUCUUCUGUGACUUUGAAUUUUUUCAUUACAUUUGUGGGUUGCUGUUUCUGAGAAGAAUCUGUCAUGACUCUACUGGAACCAGAGAUGUUAAUGAUGGCUGUGCAGUCCGUGCUGCAGUUGAAGCUCCAGCAGCGCCGGACUCGAGAAGAACUGGUGAGCCAAGGGAUCAUGCCGCCUUUGAAAAGUCCAGCUGCGUUUCAUGAGCAGAGAAGGAGCUUGGAGCGGGCCAGGACAGAGGACUAUCUGAAACGGAAGAUUCGUUCCCGGCCAGAGAGAUCGGAGCUGGUCAGGAUGCAUAUUUUGGAAGAGACCUCGGCCGAGCCUUCCCUCCAGGCCAAGCAGCUGAAGCUGAAGAGAGCCAGAUUGGCCGAUGACCUCAACGAGAAGAUUGCACAGAGACCGGGCCCUAUGGAGCUGGUUGAGAAGAACAUUCUGCCUGUGGAGUCCAGCCUGAAAGAAGCCAUCAUUGUGGGCCAGGUGAAUUACCCGAAAGUAGCGGACAGCUCUUCCUUCGAUGAGGACAGCAGUGAUGCCUUAUCCCCUGAGCAGCCUGCGAGCCACGAGUCCCAGGGCUCGGCGCCGUCCCCCUUGGAAGCCCGAGUCAGCGAGCCACUGUCCAGUGCCACCACCCUAUCCCCCACUCAGGUGGUGUCGUCUCAGCUCCCAGUGGGCCUGGAUUCCGGAGAAACACUUUUCCUGGCAGAGCAGCCUCCUCUGCCUCCCAGCCUCACCAAUGGAACCACAGCCCCCCCUGCCAAGCCCACCCCGACGCUCAUUAAGCAGAGCCAACCCAAGUCUGCCAGUGAGAAGUCGCAGCGCAGCAAGAAAGCCAAGGAGCUGAAGCCAAAGGUGAAGAAGCUCAAGUAUCACCAGUACAUCCCCCCGGACCAAAAGCAGGACAAGGGGGCGCCCGCCAUGGACUCCUCCUAUGCCAAGAUCCUGCAGCAGCAGCAGCUCUUCCUCCAGCUCCAGAUCCUCAACCAGCAGCAGCAGCAGCACUAUAACUACCAGACCAUCCUGCCCGCCCCGCCAAAGCCCGCAGGUGAGGCCCCGGGAAGCGGCGGGGCCCCCCCGAUACGCAGCCUCUCCACUACCGGUAGCGGCUCCAGCUCGGGUGCUCCUGGUCCCAGUGGGUUGGCACGUCAGAACAGCACCUCACUGACUGGCAAGCCGGGAGCCCUGCCUGCCAACCUGGAUGACAUGAAGGUGGCGGAGCUGAAGCAGGAGCUAAAGCUGCGGUCACUGCCCGUCUCAGGCACCAAGACAGACCUGAUCGAGCGCCUGCGUGCAUACCAGGAACAAGUCAGCCCUGCCCCGGGAGCCCCCAAGGGCCCUGCUGCCCCCUCCAUCUUGCCCAAGGCUGGUGAGGUGGUGGUCGCCUUCCCGGCCACCCGGCUAAGCACGGGGCCUGCCCUGGUGGCAGCGGGCCUGGCCCCGGCUGAGGUGGUGGUGGCCACGGUGACCGGUAACGGAGUGGUGAAAUUUGGCAGCGCGGGCUCUACACCCCCCGUGUCUCCCACCCCCUCGGAGCGCUCACUGCUCAGCACGGGCGAUGAGAACUCCACACCCGGGGACACCUUUGGAGAGAUGGUGACGUCGCCGCUGACCCAGCUCACCCUCCAGGCCUCACCGCUACAGAUCCUUGUGAAGGAGGAGGGCCCCCGGCCCGGGUCCUGCUGCCGGAGCCCCGGGGUGCGGGCCGAGCUGGAGGGGCGUGACAAGGACCAGAUGCUGCAGGAAAAGGACAAGCAGAUCGAGGAGCUGACCCGCAUGCUGCGCCAGAAACAGCAGCUCGUGGAGUGGCUGAGGCUGCAGCUGGAGCAGGAGAAGCGGGCGCAGCAGCCCGGCCCCGCCCCCGCCCCCCUCAGCACCCCAGUGAAGCAGGAAAGCAGCUUCUCCAGCUGCCAGCUGAGCCGGCAGCCCCCGGGUCCCGCACACCCCUUCAGCCCCAGCCUGGCGGCCCCCGCUGCCCACCACGCGGACGCUUGUCCCCUGGUGCCCCCAGCCGUGGUGGUGAAGCAGGAAGCCGUGCUGCCGGAGCCUGAGCCAGCCCCCGCUCCCCAGCUGCUGCUGGGCCCACAGGGCCCCAGCGUCCUCAGGGGGGUCACACCUCCCACCCUCAUCACCGACUCCACAGGGACCCACCUUGUCCUCACCGUGACCAAUAAGAACGUGGACAGCCCCGGCCUGGCCGGCGGGAGCCCCCAGCAGCCCUUGUCCCAGCCUGGUUCUCCGGCAGCCCCUGGCCCACCAGCCCAGAUGGACCCAGAGCACCCAUCACAGCCCCUCUUUGGGACCCCCACUUCUCUGCUGAAGAAGGAGCCGCCUGGCUAUGAGGAAGCUGUGAGCCAACAGCCCAGACAGCAGGUGAAGAAGGAAAAUGGUUCCUCCAGCCAACAGAUGGAUGACCUGUUUGACAUUCUUAUUCAGAGUGGAGAAAUCUCAGCAGAUUUCAAGGAGCCACCACCAUCCCUACCAGGGAAAGAGAAGCCCCCCUCGACGGCAACCUGCGGGUCGCCCCUGGCCGCACCGUCCCCACCCUCCGCCGAGCUCCCCCAGGCCACGCCACCUCCCUCAGGCUCACCUGCCCUCCCUGGGCGCCUGGAGGACUUCCUGGAGAGCAGCACGGGGCUGCCCCUGCUGACCAGCGGGCACGAGGGGCCAGAGCCCCUCUCCCUCAUUGACGACCUCCACAGCCAGAUGCUGAGCAGCUCUGCUAUCCUGGACCACCCCCCCUCACCCAUGGACACCUCGGAAUUGCACUUUGCCCCCGAGCCCAGCAGCGUGGGCCUGGACCUGGCCGACGGCCACUUGGACAGCAUGGACUGGCUGGAGCUGUCGUCGGGAGGCCCCGUGCUCAGCCUGGCCCCGCUCGGCACCACCACCCCCAGCCUCUUCUCCACGGACUUCCUCGAUGGUCACGACUUGCAACUCCACUGGGAUUCCUGCUUGUAGCUCUCGGGCUGCAGGGCCAGGAUGGGAGGGGCUGGAAGCUGGGGAGAGCCUGAUCCCACCUCUGUGUGGUCGUGAGUCCUGACAAUCAUAGGCCCUGCUCUCCCCGCCCCAGGAGACUGGAGCAGGCCGUGCCGCCCCCUGGCUCAGACUCACCAAGGAGACAGGCUGCCAAGGAGCAGCAUUGGUCUAACCCCAGAGUUCAGGAGGCCCGGACAGGCCAGGGCCGUUCUAUUGACCUCCUUUUGUGAGGUCGGAGGUGCAGUCUGGCUGCGGUUGGCUCAGGCAGGCGAGGCCCAGGGUCACUCUCUUUCCUUCUAGUCCCCUUUCCCUAUGAGGGAAGAAACCAGCUUGGGCCUCUACCUCCCCAUCCCCUCGAUGCCAACCCCAGGGUCCCAGGCUUCUGGGAGGGGAGCCCCUUGCCAUUUUAGUGUCUUGGUGUAGUGUAACCAUUUAACGGUUGGUGGCAAACGUUUUCUGUACAGGUGUAUAUACCUCUAUAUUCUAUAUCGCCAUACAUAUAUAUACAUAUAUUUUUGGGGGCUGGGAGGUGGAUUGGAGCUCCCUCCCAUCCUGUGCACAAUAUAGAAGGGCCCAGAGACCACUGCUCCUGGGGUUAGAUGCAGCCUUCGUCAGCCCCAUCACGCGUGUUUGACAUGUAGACACCCUGCCACCGCCUGUGCCCCACCUGUGCCCUGCUCCGUUGCUCCGUACUUGUGCCACAAGGGCAGAGGUGCCUCCUUGGCCACCCGCCCACAUUCCGUCCCGCUGCCUCAUCGCAGCCACCAUGGCCCUGGGACGGGAGGUGGCGGAGGGGGGCGGGGGGGCGUCAGCCCUCAAACUGAGGCCUCCUCAGCUCCCUCUGGCCUGUCACUAUCAUUAAUGGGAUUAGGGAUGGAAUCACCAAACCAGUGCCGGGACAGAGGUCGGGAAGCUGUGUGGACUUUUUUAAAAUAAAAACAAAAACACUGACUUUGGUCC